CUACGCGCAACUCCACCUCCCAAUCUCCCAUGACUCCAUUUCAUUUCUCUACCUCUCCAGCUGCCCACUUCUCCCCUGUGCUCGCGGGCGCGCGCGAGUGUGGAGAGAAGGGAGGGAAUUCCCCCCUUUCUGUUCGGCGCCGUGCUCGCGCACACACCCGCACGCCCCACGCUGCACGCCGCCUUUUCCUCCGUCUUGCUGCUGCAAGUCCGCAACCACUGGAGGAAAAAUCUUUUCCUUCACUUUUCUUCCCUUUCCCCCCGCGCAUGCACGGGCUCUGAUUGACGCCAUGGGGGACGCCGCCGCCGCCGCAGCCUCCACGUCCGCUCCCACCACGCCCACCUCCAUUCUCAUCUGCCUGGAAGACGGCAGCGACCUUCUCGCCGAUGCCGACGAUGGCGCCGGCACUGACCUAGUUGUCGCCCGCGACGAGCGUCUGCUUGUCGUGGACCAGGACGAGGAGUAUGUAGCGCUGCUCCUGUCCAAGGAGAGCGCGUCAGGCGGCGGCGGCGGCCCGGUGGAGGAAAUGGAGGACUGGAUGAAGGCCGCGCGCUCCGGAUGCGUCCGCUGGAUCAUCAAGACCACGGCGAUGUUCCGGUUCGGCGGGAAGACCGCUUACGUCGCGGUGAAUUACCUCGAUCGCUUCCUGGCGCAACGGCGAGUCAAUAGGGAGCAUGCGUGGGGUCUGCAGCUGCUCAUGGUGGCGUGCAUGUCGCUGGCGACCAAGCUGGAGGAGCAGCACGCUCCGCGGCUGUCGGAGUUGCCGCUGGACGCGUGCGAGUUCGCGUUCGACCGCGCGUCCGUGCUGCGGAUGGAGCUCCUCGUCCUGGGCACCCUCGAGUGGCGGAUGGUCGCCGUCACCCCCUUCCCCUACAUCAGCUGCUUCGCGGCGCGGUUCGGGCAGGACGAGCGCCGGGCGGUCCUCGUGCGCGCCGUGGAGUGCGUCUUCGCGGCGAUCAGAGCGAUGAGCUCGGUGGAGUACCAGCCGUCGACCAUCGCCGUAGCAUCCAUCCUCGUCGCUCGCGGCAGGGAGACGCCCGCCGACAAUCUGGACGCGCUCAAGGCGAUCCUGGGCUCAUCAUUUCCACAGCUAGACACCGGGCAUGUGUACUCCUGCUACAGCGCAAUGAUUCGGGAGGACGACAAGUCGCCGACGCAGUCGACGUCGACGUCGACGGGGGUGGCGUCCUCGGGCGUCUCUGUCGCCGCGCACGCCGGGGGGAGCGGGAGUCCCAGCCCCCCGGGCGCUUCCGUGUCCGUGGGCGCCAAUAAUGCCGCUGGCACCGCCCCGCCGGCAACCACGGACAACCGCAACAAGAGGAGACGGUUGCGCUCACCUCAGCGACAGUAGGAGCAGCUCAGCUGCUGGCAGUGCAUUGCAGUGCAGUGCAGUCCAGCUGCGUUUUCUUUUUUCAGCUCACCAUUUCCUUUUGCUGCCGAUUGUUUCUUCAGGGGUGGCCGUAGAGUGAUUUGGUAAUUUAGUGCCGGAAAGAUUAGUGCGGUGUCGCAGAGUGAUUUGGUAAUUUAGUGCCGGAAAGAUUUCUUUGUUUUGAGGAGAUCUUUCGCGGGACCAAAGGGAGGGGGGCAGUGUAAAGACGACAGAACAAGCGUGAAGGCCUCGAGAGUCGAGACCUCACAGGGUACCGCCUAGCGCCUACUGGGGUGAAAGUGAAGUCAAGGAGUCGGGAGGGUGUGUGUGAAUACCGUUUGUAGCAGCUAGUGCGUCCGUCUGUCUUUUUUUUUCUUUCUGUUUAUUAAUUAUUAAUAGCCUGCUAGAUUUCAUUUGAUUUC